AUGGGUAUCGACAUCCGAAGACAUCACGUCAAGAAGGGUAACCGUCAGGCUCCCAAGUCUGAGGACCCGUACCUCUUGCUCUUGGUCAAGCUUUACCGAUUCUUGGCCCGAAGGACAGACUCUAGGUUCAACAAAGUCAUCCUCAAGCGACUGUUUAUGAGCAAGAUCAACCGACCUCCCAUUUCCAUCUCCAAAAUUGUCAAGGACACUGAAAAGUCGAACCCUGACAAUGCCAAAACCGUCGUUGUUGUCGGAACCGUCCUCGAUGACGAACGACUCCCCGUUGUCCCAAAACUUUCCGUUGCUGCCCUCCGAUUCUCCACCUCUGCCCGUGAACGAUUGACUGCCGCUGGAGGAGAAUGCUUGACCCUCGACCAAUUGGCCACAAGGGCACCUACCGGAAGCAACACCGUCUUGCUGAGAGGAAAGAGGAACGUCAGGGAGGCCGUCAAACACUUUGGUGGACCCCUCAAGGGAGGCAAGCCAUACAUUGCUAGCAAGGGAAGGAAGUUCGAGCGAGCCCGUGGUCGACGAAAGUCGCGUGGUUUCAAGAUCAAGUCUACGCACAAGUAG